UAGGGUCGGCCGGUCGGGUUAUCGCCACGAGAAAAUCUUCUCUUCCCGCCUUAUGCUCCUCCUUGAAUCUCCACAGUUUGGUCGAGAGAGAGAGAGGAGAGAGAGAGAGAGAGAGCUAUGUGGAAGAGCGCUGUGAGCUCUUCGAGCUUCCCUCUCCAUGGAUACGCCCGAUAGGAACCAGAUCAGCACCCCAAUUUCCAAAUUCGAGGAUUCUCCCGUCUUUAACUAUAUCAACAGCCUUUCUCCCAUCAAACCAGUUAAAUCUGUACACAUUACUCAAGCAUUCCACUCCCUUAAUUUUGCAUCUAUUCCAUCUAUUUUUACUUCGCCACAUGUCAGUUCAAACAAGGAAUCAAGAUUUUCAAGAAGGUAUCACUUCGCAGAUCCAUCAAAGUCUGGGCUUUCGGACAACAAAAAUGAAGGCAAUACAAGUGCAGGUGUAUCGGAGGUUGUUCAACCAUCUGAGUGCUCUGCUGAUCAGCAGGGAUGCUUUGCUCCAGAGCACUCUAUUAGGGAGGUCAAUGUUGAGCCACCUACUGAGAACUUGAAUUUAGCUAUUGAGCUUCCGAGGACCUUGAGGUAUGAUUGUGGUAGCCCUGAUGGUGACCUGAUGCCUGGCAAUGAUACUAAAACCAACCCUGUGCCAGAAAUGGCUGUUACACCGGUGUCACUGGUUCAAUUUGUCCAAGAGGUCUCGGAAGAAAGAUGCCAGUCAUUUGAAACUGAAGCAGAGUUACAGGAGAUGCAUCAGGCUGAGCAAAAUAAAGAAGAAGGGGCAGGAUGUGAUUGGGAAAACUUAAUUUCUGAUACUGCUGAUCUGUUAAUUUUUUAUUCUUCCACUGAUAUGGAGGUUUCCAAGGGGCAUGAUCAGAACUUAGUGGAUCCUGAGACUACUUCCUUCACUUCUCUUAUGUCAAAGCUUCCUCAAGAAAAUACCAAUGAUUUACAUAAAACACAACCUGUUGGUCCUUUUGGUUCCCGUGAACAACACAAAAUGGAGGAUCCUACAGCUCAACCAAGAGAAUUAGAGCAGAAGGAAACAGAUCAAACAAAAAACAUCCUUUCAGCUACUUUUUUAAAUAAGCAAGUAGUUAGCGACCCGAUUGAGAAAAUGGAUGACAAAGCAGGAAGCAGCAUCUCAUUCAGUUGCAAGCCUCACCCUGCCAACCAGCGUGGCAUGCGGAGGCGUUGUCUAGUUUUUGAGAUUUCUGGAGCUCACAAAAAGAAAUUGGCCAAUGAUUCUAAUAGCAGUUCUUCAGUCUCACCUCAAUCGGAUGGAAAAAAUGCAUCUGAUGAAAAGCAACUGGUUCCUGUUAAGCCUGGAAGUAGAUCUUCACCAUGUAUCCUUCCUGGUAUUGGUUUGCACUUGAAUGCUUUGGCAACUACCUCAAAAGACUGUAGAAUUGUCAAGCAUGAAUCUCUGCCGUCUGGACGACAACUCAUAAGCAUGCCAAGUUCAAUUGCUUCUUUUCAUUCUUUGACAUCUGGUUCAAAUUCUCUAAAAUCUAUGACUCUGAAUUCUUUGGAGAAAGACACAGGUCUAGCUGAUAAUGAAGCACAGGCUAUGCAAGAUGCUUCUCAGGUGUCUGCUUUUGGAGUUAAUGAAGAGUUUAAUCAGACUAGCCCCAAAAAAAAGAGACGUAGAUUAGAACAUGUGGGAGAAAAUGAUGCUUGCAAGCGUUGCAACUGUAAGAAAUCGAAAUGCUUGAAGCUUUAUUGUGAGUGCUUUGCUGCUGGUGUCUACUGCAUAGAGCCUUGUUCAUGUCAAGAAUGCUUUAACAAACCUAUUCAUGAGGAUACUGUUCUGGCAACUCGCAAACAGAUUGAAUCUCGAAAUCCCCUAGCAUUUGCUCCUAAAGUGAUUAGGAGCUCCGAGUCUAUUCCAGAAACUGGGGAAGAUUUAAACAAAACUCCAGCUUCUGCCCGACAUAAAAGAGGAUGCAACUGCAAGAAGUCAAGUUGUUUAAAGAAAUAUUGCGAAUGCUAUCAGGGUGGCGUUGGAUGCUCAAUUAACUGCAGAUGUGAUGGAUGUAAAAAUGCCUUUGGAAGGAAGGAUGGAUUUGCUUCAAUGGGAAUGGAAGAAGCUGAACCAGAGGAGGAAGAAAAAGAAACUUGUGAAAAGAAUGGAGUGGAUAUAGGCGUCCAUAAUAAUGAGAUUCUGAAGAACGAGGAGCAAUAUUCAGAUUCUGUGUUGCCUAUAACUCCAUCCUUCCAGAUGUGCAGACCAUCUGAGCAACUGCCAUUUGCCUCUAGUGGAAAGCCACCAAGAUCUUCUGUAUGUUCUAUUGGGUCAUCUCCUCAGCUGCAUACUAGCCAAAGACUUGGCAAGCCGGAUUUGCUACACCCCCAACCCAAAUUUGAAAGGCAUUUCCAGGUGAUUCCUGAAGAUGACACUCCUGAGAUUCUCAAAGGCGAUUGCUCACCCAUCAGUGGUGUGAAGAUGUCUUCUCCCAACUGCAAGAGGGUCUCACCUCCUCACCUUGGGUUGUCCCCUAAUCGAAGGAGUGGACGGAAGUUGAUACUGCAAUCUAUUCCUUCAUUCCCAUCUCUCACUCCUCACCAUGAAAGCAACAACUUUCCAUUGAAGUUCAGCUGAGGUGCUUCCUUUUAUGGUGUUGGAGAUGAUGAUGAAUAACUUGAAGGGUUGAAGGCGGGAAUUCCCUCAUGAGUCUUUCAGAAGAAAGUGAGUUUUUCGUUUACUUGGGGAAUAAUGGACAGGAGCCUUUAUUUAUGGUUAAGUCUCGGCUGGCAAGCCCACAAAUAGCUCGGGCCAACAUUGAGUAAUGAGCCUUGCCUGACAGAACCAGGUUAACAUAUGGGAUCAACACCUCAAGAAAAAAUAUUCAGCCAGAURUAUGUUUUCUGAGGCUUUUUUUUUGGGAAAAUUCCUGAUAGGUAUAUGUAUUUUAGGCCGUGUGCCAAUUUAGUAUCUGAACUUUAAAAUGUAACAAUCUACUUCAUUUUAUGACAAUCUAGUACCUACUGUUAGUUAUUUAA